AAGGCCACUCGGUCUUCGAGGCUAGGGGUGGGGGCCGGGGAGGGGGGGCAGGCCUCCGGCGCGCACCGUAAACAAACCGCGGCGCGGCGGGCGGGGGAGCCCCGGCUCCGGGGGCUCGGGGCCCGGGAAUGCGCAGCAGACCGGCCGGACAGACGCCGGGCGGGCCCUCGAGGGGGAGGCCCGGACGCCAUCUCCGCCUGCGAACCCGGGGGGCCCCCCGAUCGCCCAGCACCAUCUCCCUUCCCCACGGGCGUUCGGUUGCAAAGCUCCGGAGCUCUGACAGGGUCACCCGGGCGCCGGGAAAGGCGACGGUGGGCAUCGGGAAGCCCCGGGGUCCCCCCGGCUCGGCCGGCCAGGCUGGCGGUGGAGACCCGCGGCUUUGCAUAAUCAAUCGCGAGCUGGCGGCCACCAGCCUGGCCUCCUCAGAGUGAAAUCAUGAAGGUGGUGAACUUGAAACAAGCCAUUUUGCAAGCUUGGAAGGAGCGAUGGAGCGACUACCAAUGGGCAAUCAACAUGAAGAAAUUCUUUCCCAAAGGAGCCACCUGGGACAUUCUCAACCUGGCAGAAGCACUACUGGAGCAGGCUAUGAUUGGACCUUCCCCCAAUCCUCUUAUCCUUUCUUACCUGAAGUAUGCCAUUAGUUCCCAGAUGGUGUCCUACUCCUCUGUCCUCACAGCUAUCAGUAAGUUUGAUGACUUCUCCCGGGACCUGUGUGUCCAGGCUUUGCUGGAUAUCAUGGACAUGUUUUGUGACCGACUGAGCUGUCAUGGCAAAGCUGAGGAGUGCAUUGGGCUGUGCCGAGCCCUUCUCAGCGCCCUCCACUGGCUUCUGCGCUGCACAGCGGCCUCUGCAGAACGGAUCCAAGAAGGAUUGGAGGCUGGCACCCCAGCCGCUGGGGAGAAGCAGCUUGCCAUGUGCCUGCAGUGCCUGGAGAAGACCCUCAGCAGCACCAAGAACCGGGCCCUGCUGCACAUCGCCAAGCUAGAGGAGGCCUCCUCCUGGACUGCCAUUGAGCAUUCUCUUUUGAAACUUGGGGAGAUCUUGACCAGCCUCAGCAACCCCCAGCUCCGAAGCCAGGCUGAGCAGUGUGGCACGCUCAUUAGGAGCAUCCCCACGAUGCUAUCUGUGCAUUCAGAGAAGCUGCAUAAGACCGGCUUCCCUACUGUCCACGCACUGAUCUUGCUUGAGGGCACCAUGAACCUGACAGGCGAGACACAGCCCCUGGUGGAGCAGCUGAUGAUGGUGAAACGCAUGCAGCAUAUCCCCACCCCACUGUUUGUGCUGGAGAUCUGGAAAGCUUGCUUCGUGGGGCUCAUUGAGUCUCCUGAGGGGACGCAGGAGCUGAAGUGGACGGCUUUCACCUACCUCAAGAUUCCACAGGUUUUGGUGAAGUUAAAGAAAUAUUCUCACGGAGACAAGGACUUCACUGAGGAUGUCAACUGUGCUUUUGAGUUCCUGCUGAAGCUCACCCCUCUGUUGGACAAAGCUGACCAGCGCUGCAACUGUGACUGUACAAACUUCCUUCUCCAAGAGUGUAACAAGCAGGGGCUUCUGUCUGAAGCCAAUUUUGCCAACCUUGUAGCCAAGCGUGCAGCAGACCGGGACCCAGAACUAAAAUCAUCAGAAAAUGCCAACAUCCAGCCCAAUCCUGGGUUGAUCCUCCGGGCAGAGCCCACUGUCACAAACAUCCUCAAGACAAUGGACGCAGACCACUCCAAGUCCCCGGAGGGACUGCUGGGGGUCCUGGGACACAUGCUGUCGGGGAAGAGCCUAGACUUGCUGCUGGCUGCUGCCGCUGCCACUGGGAAGCUGAAAUCCUUCGCCCGGAAGUUCAUCAAUCUGAAUGAGUUCACCACCCAUGGCAGUGGAGAAAGCACCAAAACCGCCUCAGUUCGUGCCUUACUCUUCGACAUCUCCUUCCUCAUGCUGUGCCAUGUGGCCCAGACCUAUGGGUCAGAGGUGAUUUUGUCUGAGUCAAGCACAGGAGCAGAGGUGCCUUUCUUUGAGACCUGGAUGCAGACCUGCAUGCCUGAGGAAGGCAAGAUCCUGAACCCUGACCACCCCUGUUUCCGGCCCGACUCCACUAAAGUAGAGUCCCUGGUCGCCCUGCUCAACAACUCCUCGGAAAUGAAGCUGGUGCAAAUGAAGUGGCAUGAAGCCUGUCUCAGCAUUUCUGCAGCCAUCUUGGAAAUCCUCAAUGCCUGGGAGAAUGGUGUCCUGGCCUUUGAGUCUAUCCAGAAAAUCACCGAUAAUAUCAAGGGAAAGGUAUGCAGUCUGGCGGUGUGCGCCGUGGCUUGGCUUGUGGCCCACGUCCGGAUGCUGGGGCUGGAUGAGCGUGAGAAGUCGCUUCAGAUGAUCCGCCAGCUGGCAGGGCCACUAUACAGUGAGAACACCCUGCAGUUCUACAAGGAGAGGGUGGUGAUCAUGAGCUCCAUUCUGGAGCACAUGUGUGCAGACGUGCUGCAGCAGACAGCCACGCAGAUCAAGUUCCCUUCCGCGGGGGUGGACACGAUGCCCUACUGGAACCUGCUGCCCCCCAAGCGCCCCAUCAAGGAAGUGCUGAUGGACAUCUUUGCCAAGGUGCUGGAGAAGGGCUGGGUGGACAGCCGCUCCAUCCACAUCCUCGACACACUGCUGCACAUGGGGGGUGUCUACUGGUUCUGCAACAAUCUGAUCAAGGAGCUGUUGAAGGAGACGCGGAAGGAGCACACACUGCGGGCGGUGGAGCUGCUGUAUUCCAUCUUCUGUCUGGAUAUGCAGCAGGUGACGCUCGUCCUGCUGGGACACGUCCUUCCUGGCCUGCUCACAGACUCCGCCAAGUGGCACAGCCUCAUGGACCCCCCUGGCACGGCACUGGCUAAGCUUGCCGUGUGGUGUGCCCUGAGUUCUUACUCUUCUCACAAGGGACAGGCGUCCUCCCGCCAAAAGAAGAGGCACCGGGAAGACAUUGAGGAUUACAUCAGCCUCUUCCCCCUGGAAGACACGCAGCCCUCCAAGCUGAUGCGGCUCCUGAGCUCCAAUGAGGAUGAUGCCAACCUUCUGUCAAGUCCUACUGACCGGUCCAUGAACACCUCGCUCUCGGCCUCCCAGCUCCACACAGUCAACAUGAGGGACCCUCUGAACCGAGUGCUGGCCAACCUGUUCCUGCUCAUUUCCUCCAUCCUGGGCUCGCGCACCGCCGGCCCCCACACGCAGUUCGUGCAGUGGUUCAUGGAGGAGUGCGUGGACUGCCUCGAGCAGGGCAGCCAGGGCAGCAUCCUGCAGUUCAUGCCCUUCACCACCGUGUCAGAGCUAGUGAAGGUGUCUGCCAUGUCCAGCCCCAAGGUGGUUCUGGCCAUCACCGACCUCAGCCUGCCCCUGGGCCGCCAGGUGGCUGCCAAGGCCAUCGCCGCGCUCUGAGGAGCUGGGAGCGUGCUGGGGAGGGACUCAGACUCCGUGCCCAGAGAGAACUGUGAGGAGAACGAGCCACCAGCUUCCACCCUUCACGUUCACGGGAUGGCAAGACCCGUUUUCAGCUUGCAGACUGCCCACUCCCGACCUCUGACUUCCCAGGCAUCUCAGUUGGUUUUGUAACUUCCCUUCUCUUCUGCCAGCUCCUGAAGGAGACACGCAGCGGGUCCCAAGUGCUGGCCCACCCCGAGGUGGGAACUUUGUAGAUGCACAGUGUGUAUAGAAGUCUAUUUUUGUAUCACCCAGGGAGGCUGCCUGGGCUCAUUUGUUAAUAAAGAUCCCUGUGGAUGCCGUGA